UUUUGAUCUGAUUGGCAGUGGUCAUCGAAAUCGUAUGUUGCUAAACUGGAGCAUUUUGCUCUAACAAUCUAUGAAUUUUCUCGCUACCGUUUUGGUAAGAUAAUAUUCUUAUCAUUUUUGCAGCCUUGCUGGCAUAGUGUUACUUGACCGGGUGUUGAGAUAGCUAUGAAUAUCACAACAACAGUCGGGUCUGCUGGUGAUGGUACAAAACAAUGUUCCUAUCUGUGAAGAUUUCGGCCAGGAUAGUAGCUUUGAUCGCUCUAGUUUUGCUACUUAGUACAAUUGUGAUAGUCCAUAGUGGAGCGAACAAUCUUCACAUGUACGAUGGGAUUCGUACGCAGGAUAUCAUAGCUGGUGACGUGUUCUUUGAAAUUGUCGAUCCACCGGAGCUAGAGUACACCUAUCGCAUAAGGCCAGCGAAAGACUUUGGGACAUCGUUCGAGUCGGCUUCCUUCGGAGUUAAGGAAGGUAAACUAGUUCCUGCGAUUCCAUCCGAUGCCUGUGAGCCAGAUUUUGUCAACGAGAAGGACCUGAAGGGAAAUAUCGUCCUGGUGGAACGUGGAGAAUGCUCAUUCCUGACCAAAGCAAUAAACGUCGAGCAGGUCGGCGGUCGUGCGGUCAUCAUCACGGAGGUCGAUUCCGGCUCGGACGAUUAUGAUUACUAUAUUGAGAUGAUCCACGACAAAACCGAUCGAGACACCAACAUACCGGCUGCUUUCCUGCUGGGCAAAAACGGACUAAUCAUUCGGAAAACGCUUGCCAAGCUACAUCUUCGCUACGCGCUUAUCAAUUUGCCGGUGAACUUGACUUUCGUUGCGCCGCAUGAGAUCAACCAGCCACCGUGGUUGCAGUGGUAGUCAGCGGAAAGUUGCAGCUUGUGUUAGAAUAACGAACAAAUAUUUCACCAUUCCGUGUGUUAGUGAGAUCAAAGUCCCAGUGUGAUACUCUCUUCGAAAAAAAAACUAAACAAUAAACGGUAUUAAUUUAUGGAUGUUGUUAAAGAGACUAAUUUUCUAGUCAUGCUGUGAGAAACAAGGAACGAUAAGCAACAACAAAAACGACAAUUGCAAUAAACUUACUGUAGAAGCUGAA